CAGUUUUAGUCACAUCAACAACACAAAAAACACAAAGUGUUAAUUUAUCUCUUUACCAGCCCUUACGUCAGCGGUGCUCCUUACUGAACAUGCGCAAAAGCUGGCGCGUGCACUGAAAACUGAAGCAAGAUGGCUUCUUUUAGUGUAAAAUCUUUUGAUAAAAAGUUAAAGGAAAUGUCAGCGAGACAGGACAGUGUGCAAACUGUGUCAUUGUGGCUUAUACAUCACAGGGCUCACUCAAAAACAGUCGUCAAUGUUUGGCUCGAUCGCAUGAAAAAAGCCAAGCCUGAUCGUCGUUUGGUGUUGUUCUAUCUUGCAAAUGAUGUCAUACAGAAUAGUCGCAAAAAAGGAAAGGAAUUUUCAGCAUCAUUUGGAAAGGUUUUGGGGGAGUCAAUGCAAUAUUUACGGGAUACUUCCAUCCAGCCAUCUGUAGAAAGAGUGUUGAAAAUAUGGUUGGAAAGAAAAGUGUUUGAGAAAGAUGCUGUGCAAAAACUUCUUGAUCAGUUGAAACAUGUUACUGUGAAGAUGAAACCAAGGUCAAAGUCAAAGUCAGAUGGGAUUGCCCUUCUGGUGAAGGAAAAUGAAAAAAUUGGUAAAGUUAAAGAAAGAAGAAAUCCAAACAUCCCAUUCCUUCAAAUUUCAAGACUGUAAGUGUUACACAUUCCAUUGCUAUGAUGCAAGGGAUGGAAGAUGAGACGGAAAGACAUCAAACUUUAGUCUCACAGAUGAAACUUGAUGCUUCCAGUUCAGAUGGAAUAAAACAACUUAAAGACUAUGCUGGAGGAAACAGGUUCUCUAUUGAGUUUGAAGAAUCUAGUAAAAAGUAUGAAGAUCUUGUUGAAUCUUUGGAGUGUGAAAGCCAACAUCGGCAAACAUUAAUUGGCAUUCUUCAGGAUGGUGAUGCCUACUAUGAUGCAGCAUUUAAAGAAGCAACAAUUAUUGCCAAUGCAUAUCGAUCAUUUGGAAACAGAUUGCAUUCAAUGAAGAAGAAACUCGAUAAUAAAAUUCGAAAGUUUGCCACUGCUGAAAAAGAAGCACCUGUUUCAGCACCAAAAGCUUCCUUUCUUUCAUCUGGAUUAUCUGGCAUCUUGGAACAAAUGAAUGACAGUCCGAGAAGUAAUGAUGCGGAGCAAGAAGGGAAUACAAAAGAUAAGAAAGAGAUUAAAGAUGUCGAAACAGUUGAUACAACCAUUGAUCAUGUUGAAGUGGCCGACAUGGAUAUUGAUUCUGAUUCAGAAAAUGACGAGAAGUCGAAAGAUGUUGUAUCCUCAUCUGAUGUAUCAGAAGAGAGUAAUGUACAUAGUGCUGUGUCAACAAAUGAAACUGAUCCAAUUGUACAGUCAACACCUUCAACUAAUGUUGUCACAACAACGGAAUCUACUGAACCUAAAACAACGUCAACAACAUAUGGAUACACCAUAACUGCGGAUACUCAAGAUAGCAACAAUGCUUCCCCAAGUUCAAUACUUUCUGCUCCUUCACCCGAAGGUUCACCAGAUCUCAACUUGGACGUGUAUAACGAGCAACAUGAAACCAAUAUUUUCUCUGAAGGUGACAUGGGUACGAUUACAAAUGAAAGUCUUCUCAAGAACGAUGAGCAGUCGCAAAUAUUUUCACAUUUGAUUAAUAAUCAGCAUGAUGUCGUCGGAACUGCUGCGUCAGGAGAAGAAAUUUUGCAUCAUGAUCAAGAUGAUGGUAGUGAUAAUAGACCUCUAAGUAACUUGCUUGGAAAUUUGUUGGUUCCUUCUCUGCAAUCUAGUAGUAGUCUUGUUGUGGAAGACGGUAGUGGCAAUGUUCAUCAAGGAGAAGUUUCAGAGUAUUCACAACAGGAUGAUGGCAUUUAUAAUGAUUCGUAUAUGGAAGGCAAAGUUAUGGAUGAAGUGCAAGGAAGUUAUGAUUCCUCUUUAGUAACAGGUGAAGAAAGACUUAUAGAUAACACUCGUCCUGAUGAACUUCUUCAAUAUAAUGAAACUUCGCCUAUGUUGAUGCAACACGACUCUCUACCCCCAAUCAUCCCUUCCUAAUAUGGCGAUGAGCGAACAAACCUACCCCAGUCACUCUGCACAUGCACAUCGUCCGUUCAGAUCCUCUGAACAAAUACCUCCGUUUCAAAAUGAGUUGGGUGUAUUGAGGCAUGAUAGGAUACAUACAGCUCAUUAUGAAGGCGAGCAUCAUCUUAGAUCUCCUGGUGUUCGACCUUCAACUUUUAUGGCUCUUCCUAAUGAAUGGGAACACCGACCUCCGUUUGUUCAAUUUAGGAUGAGACAACCGAUUAGAGAGAGUCGAGACCCUCGUUUACGGCGACGAGAAAUGAUGGAUGGACAUAGUGGUCACCCUACAUUUAUUGAUCGUGAGGUGACUGUUCCACAAGAUGUAACUGGGCGUCAUCUUUCCAUGAGUGAGGAAAGAAGUGAACCUUUUCGAAGACCAUCCUUUCACUUUGAAAGACAUCCUGAAGUUAGAGAACACUUUGGUAUUGUAGAAAGAGAUGUUUCUCACCAUUUUGGGGAAAGAGUAUGUGAGAGAAGGGACGAACAGUCUGAGGGACUUAUAAACGAGUUGAGAGGGGGACACAUGGUAGAGGGAGGAGAAGAUAGGGUUCACUACCACCUAUGAAUAAUCGACGACCAUCAAUAGAUCGCUCUUAUUUGCAUCAGCCAGAAUUCAAGGGCGGUCAAUUAAUUGAUGAAGAACAUGCAUUUGAACAUGGAUCAGGUUCUCUUGAACACGUUAAUGAAACAUAUGCACUUCAAGUUUCACAGGGGAGUGAAGGAAAACACGAACAUUUUGAAACUCUAGUUGAUUCAACGGCAUCGCUAGAGAACAAUAUGAAUCGCGAUUCUGUUAACGAGGGAAUUUUCCCACAAGCAACACAGGAGUAUCGUGAGAAAGAAGAACUUUCAGCAGCAAGUAAAGAAGUUUAUCCGCAUGAAAUGAACUAUAAUGAGGUUGAUCAAGGCAGUGGUCAGUUUUAUGAACAAGAUAGGAUUACACAUGAAAUGAGAAAUAUACGCGACAUACAUACAGAUAUAUACUCUAAUGAACAUCGUCCAAGAUUUGCAUUUCGAGAUCAUGCUCCUCCUAUACGACCUGUUGGAGGCCAUUUUGGACAUCAUAGAUUAGACAUUUUUCCUGGUCCACGAACUUUUCGCGUAAACUUUGGUGGACGUCAUGAGUUUCGACCUCGUACGGAGUUAGUUCACGGUAGACAUCGCUUCCACCCGAUUGGUGGAGCAAGGUUAAAACGUGCUGGGCCUUCUUUUAAUGGAGACCAUCUUAAGAGACCACAUUAUUGAUAGAGAAAAAUUUUGAUUGAAACUGUGUAAAAUAACGAUCUUUCUUUGUAAAAUAUUUGCUCUGACUCUUAUUAAUGAACGCUACUUAUGUCAGGUUUUGCGGACAUGAAGUUCAUGAUGAGAUUGUGGUAUUUGAGCCCGCGGUUCAAAACAAACUGCUUUUAAUUAUACAAUUUUCAGCAAA